AUGGUUAUUGUUGAAUCAACUACUGUAGUUUCUAGUGACAAGCACUCUAAGGCUCCUGUUAAUGAAGAAGUUGCCAAAGCAAGCUCUCAAACUUUUGAUAAUCAAGAAGCUGCUAGAGCAGACACCAUUUCUACUACGCCUGUUGUUGAGCCACCUACCAGACCUUCUAAUGAAAAGGGCAUAGAAGUCGACUCUAUGGGUCUUGAUACUGAAGAGGUUGCCAAAGCAGAUUCUCAUAGUACCUCUGAUAAUCAAGAAGGAGCUCGAGCAAACACCUUUGCUUUUGAUAAUCGAGAUAUUGCUAAAGUUGAUUCUAAGGCUCCUAAUAAUCGAGGCGCUCAAGCCAAAUCUAAGAAGGAUGUUGAUGAUCAAAAAGUUCCCAAAGAUCAAACAGCUUGUAGCCUAAUGAUAAUGGUCUCUUGUAAGAGGUAA